CGCUAUAAAUACUCGAGCAGCCCACAGCUCUUCCUAAUAAAAAAACAGAGAGCUCUCUGUCUCACUCUCUCCUGUACACUCUCUCUCUCUCUCUCUCUCCUCUAUCUAUACCCAUUCUAGUUUAGCUCUAUCUAUCUAUAUAUAAAGUGCUAGGAAGAGUUUGUGUUUUAGAGAGGGAAAGUCAUGGAUACCUAUGCUGUUCAUCUGGCGAUGGCGGCGUUAGUCGGAGCUUCGUUCGUGGCUGUCUCGGCCUACUACAUGCACCGCAAAACCCUAAAUCAGUUGCUGGAGUUCGCCAAGUCGGUGGAGAGGGAAAGUCGAGACGACGCCGAGGACGACCACGACUCGCCGCAGCAUUCCAAGAAGUACGCCGAGAAGCGGAGGAGCCACGGCGGCCGGAGGAAGGGGAAUGGCUAUUACCGCCGCUCUUCGACGUCGUUGCCGGAUGUUAUGACUAAUUGCGGCGACGUCGACGGCGGCGAUGAGAGGCGGAACGGUCCGGUUCCGAUUGAUGGCAUUCCGGCUGGGUUGCCAAGGCUUCAUACACUUCCUGAAGGGAAAUCUCCUAGCCAUGCGAGUUCAACCAAAAGAGCUGGGCAUCUAAUUAGACCAACUUCUCCUAAGUCUCCUGUUGCUAGUGCUAGUGCUUUUGAAAGCGUAGAAGGAUCAGAUGAUGAAGAUAAUAUGACUGAUAAUGCCAAACUAAAUGCGUAUAUUCAUACUAACGGAAAUGUUGUCCCAGAGUGUAAUAGCCUGUUCAAGGAUUUACCAAGCCAGAAUAAUGCCAAUGGAGAGCAAAUACCUAUAGCUGCAUCAAGUAUGAUUCGGUCUCAUAGCGUGUCUGGUGACUUGCACGGUGUUCAGCCUGACCCUGUAGCAGCUGAUAUUCUUAGAAAGGAGCCAGAGCAUGAAACCUUUGUACGACUUAACAUUACCCCAAAUGAGAUGCCAUCACCUGAAGAAGCGGAUGUAUAUAGGAAUUUGCAAGCUUGCCUUGAACUCCGACAAAGUUAUGUAUUUAGAGAAGCUAUUACUCCAUGGGAGAAAGAAGUUAUAUCUGAUCCAAGUACGCCAAAACCUAAUCCAAGUCCAUUUGAUUACACUCCUGAGGGGAAAUCUGAUCAUUAUUUUAAGAUGGAAGAUGGAGUAGCUCAUGUUUAUGCCAAUGAAGAUUCAAAAGAGAAGCUUUUUCCUGUUGCUGAUGCAACAACCUUUUUCACUGACCUGCAUCACAUUCUUAAAGUAAUAGCAGCUGGGAAUAUCCGAACAUUAUGUCAUCAUCGGCUGGUUCUUUUGGAACAAAAAUUCAGUCUUCAUUUGAUGCUUAAUGCGGAUAGGGAGUUCCUAGCUCAGAAAAGUGCACCACAUCGUGACUUUUAUAAUGUCAGGAAAGUUGACACACAUGUUCAUCACUCAGCAUGCAUGAACCAGAAACAUCUUUUGAGGUUUAUAAAGUCAAAGUUGAGGAAGGAGCCUGAUGAGGUUGUAAUAUUUCGAGAUGGAACAUACCUGACCUUGAAAGAGGUUUUUGAGAGCUUGGAUUUAACUGGGUAUGACCUGAAUGUUGACCUUUUAGAUGUUCACGCUGACAAGAGCACCUUUCAUCGUUUUGAUAAAUUCAACUUAAAGUAUAAUCCCUGUGGUCAGAGUAGGCUAAGGGAGAUUUUUCUGAAGCAAGAAAACCUUAUCCAGGGUCGUUUCCUCGCUGAGCUGACAAAGCAAGUUUUUUCAGAUCUUGCUGCAAGUAAAUACCAGAUGGCUGAAUACAGGAUAUCCAUAUAUGGUAGAAAGAUGAGCGAGUGGGAUCAAAUGGCAAGUUGGAUAGUGAAUAAUGACUUGUACAGUGAGAAUGUUGUUUGGUUGAUUCAGCUUCCGCGAUUGUACAAUGUGUACAAGGAAAUGGGAAUUGUGACAUCAUUUCAGAACAUUCUUGACAAUAUCUUUCUUCCUCUGUUUGAGGUUACUGUUGAUCCAGAUUCACACCCUCAGUUGCAUGUUUUCUUGAAACAGGUUGUUGGGUUGGAUUUGGUGGAUGACGAGAGCAAGCCUGAAAGACGCCCUACAAAACACAUGCCCACGCCAGCUCAAUGGACUAAUAUAUUCAAUCCUGCGUUUUCGUACUAUGUGUAUUAUUGUUAUGCUAACCUUUACACUCUAAACAAGCUUCGUGAGUCAAAGGGCAUGACAACUAUCAAAUUCCGCCCGCAUACUGGGGAGGCUGGUGACAUUGACCACCUUGCUGCAUCAUUUCUUACGGCUCAUAAUAUUGCGCACGGAAUCAAUUUGAGAAAAUCUCCUGUACUUCAAUAUUUGUACUACCUGGCUCAGAUUGGCCUGGCUAUGUCUCCUCUGAGCAACAACUCCUUAUUUUUAGACUACCAUCGGAACCCUUUCCCUAUGUUUUUCUCACGGGGCCUCAAUGUUUCCCUUUCUACGGAUGAUCCAUUACAAAUCCACUUGACAAAGGAGCCCUUGGUGGAAGAAUACAGUAUAGCUGCUUCUGUUUGGAAGUUGAGUUCAUGUGAUCUGUGUGAAAUAGCCCGUAAUUCAGUCUACCAAUCAGGUUUCUCACAUGCUCUGAAGUCGCACUGGAUUGGGAAGGAGUACUACAAGAGAGGACCUGAUGGCAAUGAUAUUCACAGGACUAAUGUGCCUCGUAUCCGGUUGGAAUUUCGCGAUUUGAUCUGGAGAGAAGAGAUGCAACUAGUUUAUCUAGGGAAUGCCAGUUUUGCUGAAUACAUGGAACCAUAAUAUGCUUGGCUUGUGCUACUGCAUUCUCACUAUUUCUUAUGUUUCCAGAGUUGUCGGAGGUGAAGGGCCUGCAUUUCUUCUCACCAACAGUGAGUUGUACAUGAGUCCACGAACUGGCCUAUAGUGCAAGCCAGAGGUUAAAGCAGGCAAAUGUUGCGGGACAUGAGUCUGCAAAUAUGCAUGGAAAUGUAUUUGGUAUUUGAGGAAGAGCUUGGGUCUGCAGAACAGCCUAGAGUACCUAGCUAGAUCCAUCCCAAUAUAUAUAUAUAUAUAUAUGAGUGAAUGGAAUCUAGUUUUUUAAGGUUUACUUAGGUUAACAAUAAUUAAAUACAUCAUUAGUGAACUUUAUACUAAUGCUUAGCUUAUAUUUACCAAAGGGAAGCAAGGAAAAAUUCUUCCCAUGCGUAAAUUUGUUUUGUAUUCAUGGAAUAAACGUGUAAAACGUUGAAAGAUUGUCUUUAUUACCCAUGAUAAGGAAUAAACUUAAAGGGCAUUAUUGUAUGAUCAUAAUUUCAAAGGGCAUUCAUUCA